AUGGGUAAAGGACAAAGAUCACAAUCUAUUAACUCCUUAAAUUUUCCAAGAUCAGUGCUCGAAAAUGGUGGGCUUUUAAUACCACAAAAAUUGGAACCUCUUCCUACUGUGUUAAGUACAACUGUAACAGCUAGAACCAUUACAGCUGGUUCAUGUCGAUGGGAUAUUACAGGAAAGAAAAACUAUGAAGAAUUACGUCAAGAAAUGGAAACAGCACCAUUAUAUAUCUUAGUUAUUACAUAUCUAAAUAUCUUUACUUUAAUAUUAUUUGGUCACUUAAGAGACUUUAUUGGCAAAUAUUUUAAGCCUAAAGAAUAUGCCCAUCUAAAAAUGAAUAAGGGUUAUGCUCCACUUGUAUCUGAUUUUGAUUCAUUUUAUACUCGUCGUAUGUACAUGCGUAUUCGUGAUUGUUGGAAUAGACCUAUUACAGGAGUUCCAGGAAGACAACUUAACGUAUUAGAAAGAUAUACUCCUGAUUAUAAUAAAACCUUCAAAUUAACUGGAAAAGUCACAGAGAACUUGAAUUUUUCUUCAUACAAUUAUCUUGGUUUUGCACAGAGUUUUGGCCCUUGUGCGGAUCAUGUCGAAGCUUCUGUUAAGCAGCUAGGUAUUUCAUCCUAUAGUACACGUGCUGAGGUUGGUACAACAGAAUUACAUAGAGAAUUAGAACAAGUUGUGGCUAGAUUUGUUGGAAAAGAAGAUGCUAUGGUGAUUAGUAUGGGUUUUGCUACUAAUUCGACCACUAUACCCGCUCUUGCUAGCAAGGGAUGUCUUAUUAUUUCUGAUGAGUUAAAUCAUUCCUCUAUUAUUUUUGGUGUUCGAUUAUCUGGUGCUUCUGUUAGGACAUUUAAACACAAUGAUAUGAAUGAUCUUCGUGAACUCUUAAGAGAGGCUAUUUCACAGGGACAACCUAGAACGCAUCGUUCAUGGAAAAAGAUAAUUGUUAUUGUUGAGGGACUCUAUUCUAUGGAAGGGACGAUUGUGAACUUACCUGCACUCAUUGAACUGAAAAAGGAAUUCAAGUUUUAUUUAUACAUAGAUGAAGCUCAUUCUAUUGGUGCCCUUGGUGAUGUAGGUGGUGGCGUUUGUAACUUUUAUGGCAUUGAUCCAUCUCAUGUUGAUAUUUUAAUGGGCACAUUUACUAAAUCUUUUGGCUCAGCAGGUGGUUAUAUCGCAGGGGAUAAGGCUAUCAUUGACCAUUUAAGAAUUCAUAAUCACGCUUAUAAUUAUUCAGAGCCUAUGUCAGUUCCUGUUGCACAGCAGGUACUUACUAGUAUGAGGAUUAUUAGUGGUGAGGAUGGUACUAAUGAAGGUCAAAGAAGGAUUCAGCAACUUGCAAAUAAUAGUCUUUAUUUUGCAACUCGAUUACGUCAAAUGGGAUUUAUUGUUUAUGGCGAUACUGGUAGCCCUGUUAUUCCUUUAUUACUAUUUCAACCUGCAAAAAUCCCCUGCUUUUCAAGAGAGCUUUUAAAAAGAGGCAUUGCUGUUGUUGUAGUUGGCUAUCCUGCUACACCAAUUAUUAGUUCAAGAGCAAGAUUUUGCAUUUCUGCUUCUCACACGAAGAAUGAUUUAGAUUUUGCUUUACAAGCUAUUAGUGAAAUUGGUGACAAGCUAUCACUUAAAAUGAAAAAGGAAGAUGUUACUUUAAAACUUUUAGAAAAUUAGAAGAUACAUACCUUAAUAAUAAUAAUUAUUACGUAAUAAUAUACAAU